CAUAUAUUUUGUAGAGUUCGUUUGUAGAGUGUUGUUCCACAAGUCUCCACUUUCUUUUCGGUGUAAAAAACUAAGCUAGUAACAUCAUGGGUCGUAUGCACGCUCCUGGCAAGGGUAUAUCCCAAUCAGCCCUUCCCUACAGACGCACCGUGCCAUCAUGGCUGAAGCUGAACGCUGAGGAUGUUAAAGAGCAAAUCAAGAAGCUCGGCAAGAAAGGCCUGACACCCUCGAAAAUCGGUAUCAUCCUGCGUGAUUCCCAUGGUGUGGCUCAGGUUCGCUUUGUCAACGGCAACAAAAUUCUUCGCAUCAUGAAAUCGGUGGGUCUCAAGCCCGACAUCCCCGAGGAUCUGUACCACAUGAUCAAGAAGGCUGUCGCCAUCCGCAAGCAUUUGGAACGCAAUCGCAAGGAUAAGGACGGUAAAUUCCGUUUGAUUCUGGUCGAGUCCAGAAUUCACCGUCUGGCUCGCUACUACAAGACCAAGAGUGUGCUGCCCCCCAACUGGAAAUACGAGUCCAGCACCGCCUCUGCUCUUGUUGCCUAAGUUUUCAAUAAUGUGAGUGCAUACAUUUUUAAUGUACGUGAAGAACAGAAAAUAAUAAAAACAAAAAUUUACAAAAUAAACAAAAGUGUAUCAACUGUAGGUAAGAAUAAAAACUACAUAUUGUA